UUUUAGUAAAUGCGACUGGUUGAGCACUGUCGGUCCGGGCAGCAGUGGCUGGUUAACCUCUGGAGAAACAAGCUGCGGGAGACAUGAGGCAUCACCAUGAUACACCUGGUCGUGGUGUUGUCUGCCGUAGCGCUCACAGCCUCUGACGCCACGCCUGCAGUCUACCCCUCCACCACACAUUCACUACACACACAUCUAGCCGUAAUCUCUCCUGUUACCCUCUGCACUGUGCAGCACACUAUGCCCACCUUUGCCACAUUACCUGCCUCUGGUGUCAUUCCUCAUCCCCCAGAUAUAAGUUCUGCCUCGUCAGUGUGUCUCAACACUCUUAAUUACUUCUUGUUUCUGACUCAGUUACAGUCCACAGAACAUCUCUCACCACUAUUACAGACAAGCAUCAGCAAUACAACUCGUGUUCAUGCGUGUCCAUGGAAACAAAUAUGGAAUACACUCAUGUGGUUGUGCUUGCAUACAAAUUUAAUGAAACAAACACGGGCCAAGUAUAACAAGCAGCCAGUCCAACUUCACUCCAACUACAGACUUAACAAACAAAUCCCAUGGCCACUUAGAAACAGUAAAAGAAAAAAACAAGCACAAAAUUCCAAAGAAAACUUCAAACAAAUUCAAAAUGUGCAAGUACCCAAAAACAGCAACAAAGAAAUACCACAGAUGCAAACACCUCCAGACAACAAAGAAAUCACAAGGACGCCAGCAGUAACAGACAACAUUCUUGAGUCGCUAUCACAAACACACCAAGAAAACAACAAAGAAAUGCCACAGACACAAAAACACACAAACAGCAACAAACAUAUACUGCAGACAGCUAUACCCCAGUAUGACAGUAAACAAGAACUACAAACACAAUCACCUGCAAAAAACAGACAACAUAAACCACAAGCACAAAUACCCAUGGUCAACAGGCAAAGGAGACAGAUGAUGGUAUUCUUGGAAAGUAAGCAGCAAAUACCACAGAUGCCCAGCGAUAAAAACAAGAAAGUUAUACCACAUACACUCACAGACAACAGCAGGCAAAACCAGCAGACACCCACGUACAGAAACAAACACAUACAACAGAAAAAAACACUCGUGGGCAUCAGAGUCAAGAUGCCUCGGACUCAAACAACCAGUAACAAUCAGAAAAGUGUACAACAGGUGCACACACACAAGAGUGAGCGGAAACAGUUACUGGAGAAGACCUCAGAUUGGAUGCUUCAUAACAACUGUCUUCAUAUUGCACGCAAUCAGCCAUCAGUUCCUUACUCUCUGACGGCCGCUCCUGAGACUGCAGUACCAUCUAGUCGGUCAUGGGUUGGUGCACAAGAACAUACCUCAUCAACCAAGAGCACUCUUCAAGCUCUUCCACUUUUUGCAGCUUUGUUUCAGUUGGAAAAACUUCUUCCUCAUGAAGCAAUAGACACCGUGCCCAUGGUCUUGAUGUAA